AUGGGAGCCAGCAGAGUUCCAGCAAUUCAAGCCCGCCGGUCGGCAGACAUGAGUAAGAUGCACAAAUUGCAAGAAGAGAAUACAAGAAAACAAAACGAAUGGAACGAUUUUGCAGACAGGGUAUCUGCACGCAUGAAAGCUCGGAAGAUGAUUGAGAAGGAAAGAGGAACGCCUUGGGAUAAGGAGCGAAAGGAGUUAGAUUCGGCAAUCUGUGCUUGGAAAACCGAAGAAUUUCUUGAAGAAUCUCAGAGAGACGAGAUGGAGAAAGAUUGGGAUAGGGGGCUGAAGUCUGCAAUAAAAUCACACAGAGACAACUCUCAAGAAGUAAUUCGGAUGUUACUAGAGCGAGAGGCUAAUAGAAACCAUGCAGAAGAGGAGAACACAAAGAAGACACAGGCUCGGAUGGUGAAGUUUACAAAAUUAGAAGAAGCAGAGGCAAAUCGCUGGGAAGAGGAGUUAUCAAGGGCCGCUACUCUUCGAACUAAUCAAACGGGUAUCAUUAAUGGCGGCGGACUUGGCUCUGUGCAUCGAUCUAUGUGUAUACCUUCUGACUAUAUCUCUGGAGAAAGAGAUAAGUUCUGCGAGGACUGCGAAGAUGACGAAAAGAUGGUACGGCUGACAGAGAAGAGAGAAGCGGCGGAGACCAAAUCACCCAUUUCCUACUAG